AUGACUUCAAGUAUGAUUGGUGGGCUAAUUUCAAGUGAUAUUCGUAACAAGGCUGUGACAUCGGUUAGUGAGGUGGUUUGUGAUUUCAAUAACUAUUAUGGAACAGAAGUUUCUUAUCGGCGAGCUUGGAUGGGUGUUGAAAAAGCAAGGGGUCUUGUUUUUGGUGACUAUUCAUCAUCAUUUGACGAUCUUCAUUUGUAUGUUGAUGCCGCUAAUGCUUGCAAUCGGGGGAGUGUUUUUGAUAUGGAAUUUGAUAUUGAUAGCAAAGGAAGACAUUUUAAAUGCUUGUUUUUCGCUUUUGAGGCAUGUAUUCAUGGUUUCAAGUAUUGUAGGUCUGUGUUGAUGCUUGAUGGAAUUUUUUUGAAGGGAAGACACAAAGGUUGUUUAUUGGCUGCUACGGCAAAAGAUGGUAACCAAGGUUUAUAUCCGUUAUGUUUUGCUAUUGUUGAUAGUAAAAGUUAUGGCAGUUGGCAUUGGUUCUUGUCAAAGUUAUUAGGUAUUUUGACUCCGAAGAGGGAUAUUGCAUUUGUUACUGAUCGACAUGGAGGUUUGCUGAAAGCUUUAGCUGAGGUCUUUCCAUUUUCUUCUCAUUCUUUUUGUCUAAUGCAUUUGAAGACAAACUUGAAGACUUAUUUGUUAGUGAAGAGUCGUGAAUCUAAAGAGUAUUUGCUUACUCUUUUUAGUAGAUGUGCAUAUGCUCCUACUAUUGAGUUGUUUAAUGAGCUAUUUGAAGAAUUUAAGGGUCGUUGUGGUCGUAGUGUUGAAAAGUUUCUUGAGGAUUUGCCUAAUGAGUGUUGGUGUAACGCUUAUUUUCAAGGCAAGAGGUAUGGUGAAAUGUGCACAAAUGCUGUGGAAUCUUUUAAUUCAUGGAUUAGGGAUGAACGCCAUUUGUUUUUAAUUAGUCUUAUUGAUGCUAUACGGGUGUAA